CCCCACCUCCUCUGUGUGUGCCACAGUUUGCCGGCAGCUUCCAUAGGUGGUGCUACUCGCUGCUAGCAGCCCUUGCCCCUACAGCCCUUCUAGAGGCUACCUGGGGGAGCUUUGUCUGUGUGUGUACAUCAUAGGUGGUGCUACUCGCUGCUAGCAGCCCUUGCCCCUACAGCCCUGCUAGAGGCUACCUGGGGGAUCUUUGUCUGUGUGCAGGCCUAGUCAGCUGAGCGUCUCACCGCGGAGCGAGGCUCUGCCCAUCCCGGUACCGACUCAGAGGCUCAACUACCAGCGGAUCCAGCAGCAGCAGCAGCAGACGGCCACCACUCACUCACCCACCUCACCCACCUACUCCUCCUCCUCACCACGCGCCGUGGUGCGUCGCAGCAGCACGUCACCGCACGGCUUCGCGAGGCCCGGGGGAGGGGGCUCCCCCCCCGUGGGGGGGGGCUGGCCCCCCACCGGGGGGGGCUCCCCCACGACCUCCCACGUGGGUGGUGGUGGCGGUGGUGGUGGUGGUGGCGGUGGUGGUGGUGGUGGCACCUCACGGCGUCUCUCUGUGGGGGGGGGCUCCUUCAGACCCCACUCACCCUCACCGCUUGUUGGGCUGGGGGCUGCUGAUCAGCGAGGAGUUCCCAUGGCAAUGGAGACAAGGACCCGGCACUCAUCCGGCUCCCCCGUGCCCCCCACUCUGGGUGCAAAGUUGCACAGCGCUCCAGAACUUGCCGACGGCUGCUGGAGCCACCACCACCAGCACCACCACCAGCAGCAGCAGCAGGAGGGAGCCCGCCACUCACUCCGCAAGCACCGCUCCGAGCCCACGACCGACACCACCUUGGGAUUCUUCACGGCUACGACAGCAGCAGCAGCAGCAGCAGCAGCGGGAAAAUCGACGGCCGCCACCACCGCCACAUUCUCCUCUCCACACCCGCCUGGUGGUGGCGGUGGUGGCGGUGGUGGCGGUGGUGGUGGCGGUGGUGGUGGCGGUGGUGGUAACCGCAUGACCUCGCCGCUCAAGGUGGGAGCCUUCGUGCCGAUAUCCAAGUCUCCGCUACCCACCAUCAUCGGCUCUCCGACCAAGGCCGGCUCUCCCUUUGAGUUCCCCCAGAAGCCCUCAUCAUCGGGGAACCUCUUCGCCCUCGUGACUCAGCAGGGCCUGGCUCUACCCCCCGGGCACGCCGGCGUGCCGGGGGUCGGGCGGUGCGCUCCGGCACGCACCGCCACCGUGCCCAACAUGCGCCAGCACGCUGCUGCUGCUUCUGGUUCUUCUGCUGCUGCCGCACUGCGCAUGGGAGGUGGUGGAGGAGUCUUUGACACGACUGUCGGUGGUGGUGGUGGCGGUGGUGUGGCCGGGUCACCGGGAGAGGAGAGGCAAGCGAUGUUUGGCAG